AUGGCUGAACUUAACACAAAUCAUGAAGUUGAUAUUGAUGAAAACUACCAUCCUUUUCAUGGGGAGGAACAAGCUGGGAACGACAUGCAGGAUCAGGGAGGAGGUAUGGAGGAGCACGCUGGAGGUAUGGAGGAGCAUGCUGGAGGUAUAGAGGAGCACGCUGGGAACAUGGAGCAAGAUCUGGAGGAUCACGAUGGGGAGAUCGAGCACGCUGGAAACGUAUGGGACCAAGCCAGUCAAGAAACAUUCGCAGUAACGCCAUCUGCGAUAGUGCUAUGGGACUACGCACAGGAAAUCGUACAAGACGAUAUGGAACACAUGCAAGCCCAUCUGCACGUGCCACGUCCCGUCCACCCCCCCAUCCAAAUGUCGCAUCACGACAAAUGCCUCCUAGCAUUGAUGGUAGAGGACAGGCGCGAAGCGUUGCUCAGGUUAUGGCGGGAGUUGGACGAGAUGGAACAUCUUCUGGGUUUAGAGCACAUCUAG